AUGUUUAGACCCAGCGUGGCUUCGAGGUUACUAAACCAGUCAGCCAUUAAACCAGUGGUCACCAACAAUAGCAUCCGUUUCAUUUCGUCAUCACCUAGCUUGCUCAAACCGGCAUUAGCUGCGGAAACCACAGAGUACCUACCAACGGGAGGAUCAACGCAAUCUGCAUGGCCAAAAGGCUUUAGACAAGCCAAACCAAAGACCUGGGAAGAAGAUCAUGAAUCUGCAUUGAGCAAAGCCACAAAGUACUUUUUCUUGAGUGAAAUUGCACGUGGUAUGUAUGUGUGUUUGGAAAUGUACUUUAGAAGUCCCUACACGAUAUAUUACCCGUUUGAAAAAGGACCAGUCAGUCCCAGAUUUAGAGGUGAGCAUGCGUUGAGGAGGUAUCCAAGCGGUGAAGAGAGAUGUAUUGCUUGUAAACUAUGUGAGGCUAUCUGUCCGGCACAAGCAAUCACCAUUGAAGCAGAGGAGAGGGCCGAUGGAUCAAGAAGGACUUACAAGUAUGAUAUUGAUAUGACCAAGUGUAUCUAUUGUGGUUACUGCCAAGAAAGUUGCCCUGUUGAUGCCAUUGUAGAAAGUCCUAAUGUGGAAUAUUCAACUGCCACCAGAGAAGAAUUGUUGUACAAUAAGGAAAAGUUGUUGGACAACGGUGACAGAUGGGAGCAAGAAUUGCAAUACUGUAUUGACGCAGAUGCACCAUACCGUUAA